GCCGCUUCCAGUCGGCGACCUGGCUGCGCGCUGCGGCGGCGUCUGCGUGUCCCUGCUGCCGGCCUCGCGGCCCCGGUGAGUGUUGGCGCGCCCGGGCUGAGUGUCGGGCGGGUAGUGACUGGGCCUCGCUCGUGCUGCCCGGCAGCCGGGGCCCCUCGGACCCCUGGCCCCGGGCCUGUCAGGUCGCCCGGCGCGCCGCCCGGGCCGCCCACCUGCGGUCGGAAGUGACGCCGCGACGCGCGCUCCCGGGGUGGCGGGUCCCCAAACUGGCCCGCCCGGGCGGGUGAGCCAGCGACUGAGCCCCACUUCUUGGCCCUGUGGCCGGCCCCGCGCGCAGGGUCCGCUCGGCCCAGUUUGAUGUCGGUUAAGUAUCAGAGCUGUUUGUUGUUUGACCGAGAGGAUCGGGCUGAAUGCACGUCGGCACUUGGGGCGUUGGGUCCCUGGCGUGGGGAGGGCAGAGCCGGCCGCGCGAAGGCUGUCAGGUGGUUUCCCACGGAGCGCCCUCGCCCUGCCGUCGCCCGUUCCACGCGGCGUCCCUUCACCGUGUGCCUCCCGUCUCCUCGUCGCGCUGCUUCCUCCAUCUGCGAUGGCACAGCCGUCCACAGACACAUUUGGAUCAUGCCAUCACCUCCGUGUGCAGAACUCGGAAGAGUCGGACCCUUGCGCUUGGAGUGAAGUCCACGCUCGCUUUACCCAGGCCGCGCGGUCUGGGCCUCGCCCACUCUCCUCUUCACUCCCCGCCUCCAGCCUGUGUGCGCGCAGCCAGACGCCAGCCCCGGGGCCCCGAGCCCCGCAGAACCCGUGCUGUGAGGGGAGGACAACGAAGAUACUGUUUCCCCUUAAGCCGUGCAGAGCGCUAGAUUUGCACAAUGAAUGUAAAGUCGUCUGUAAAGGAUGCCGAAUGAGAGAAUUCCCGACUCAAGUCAAACUGAGGAGCAAGACUGUUUACAGAGUCGGUGUGUCAGUGAUGGUGAGAAAAUGACAGUUAAGCAAGAAAAUGAUGGUGAUGCAGAGAUGGAGGAAAGCCUCCCCUCUUGUUCCUCUGCUAAUGGGCCAUCCAUCUCCACGGAGGGGUGUCCGUGGGAAGUUCCGAGGAGAAGGCCUGCCUUGCUGCAUAUCGACAGACAUCAGAUCCAGGCGGUGGAGCCCAGUGCGCAGGCCCUUGAACUGCAGGGGUUGGGUGUGGACGUCUAUGACCAGGACGUGCUGGAGCAAGGGGUGCUUCAGCAGGUGGACAGUGCCAUCCAUGAGGCCAGCCAUGCUGCCCAGCUCCUUGAUGAAGAGAAGGAGUAUCAGUCAGUCCUGGAUGACCUCACGUCAUGUACGACAUCCCUAAGGCAAAUCAAUAAAAUUAUUGAACAACUUAGCCCUCAAGCUGCCACCAACAGAGACAUCAACAGGAAACUAGAUUCUGUAAAACGGCAAAAAUAUAACAAGGAACAACAACUAAAGAAGAUCACAGCAAAACAGAAACGUCUGCAGGCCCUCCUUGGAGGAGUGGCGGCGAAAGCUGAACUAGAUCAUGCCAGUCUGGAGGAGGAGGAUGCAGAAGCAGGGCCGUCCUGUCUCGGCAGCAUGCUCAUGCCUGCUCAGGAGACUGCUUGGGAAGAGCUCAUCCGCACUGGCCAGAUGACACCUUUUGGUACCCAGAUCCCUCAGAAACAGGAGAAAAAGCCUAGGAAACUAAUGCUUAAUGAAGCAUCAGGCUUUGAAAAGUAUUUGGCAGAUCAAGCAAAACUGUCUUUUGAAAGGAAGAAGCAAGCUUGUAAUAAAAGGGCGUCUAGGAAAACUCCAGCCUUGGUCACUUCUGAGCUGAGCCCAACACUCAGUGAAAACAAACCAAACAAGAGAAGCAAAGUUCUUUCGAAAACAGACAAGCGCUUGAAAAAGCAAAUCAAAAAACUCCAGAAGAGGGCUCUUCAGUUCCAGGGGAAAGUGGGAUUGCCGAAGGGAAAGAAGCACUUGGAGUCUGACGUGAGGCCCAAGGCAGAGGGAGAUUCUGAGGGUGAGGAGUCCGAGUACUUACCCACCGAGGAGGAGGAGCGGGAGGCGGCAGCAGAGGUGGACCUGUCUGCAGAAGGCACUGACUCUGAGCUGGGGCCUGUGCUCAAGCGACGGAAAUGGCAGAAGAAAAUCACAGUGCAGGAGAUUGAUGAUGAGAGUUUUGGGGAAGAAGCUGAAGCUGCCAAAGGAGGAGGAGGUCGGAAAGUAGUGAGAUGCCGAGACGAUGGAGAUGAAGAUUAUUAUAAACAGCGAUUAAGGAGAUGGAAUAAGCUGAGACUGCAGGACAAAGAGAAGUGUCUGAAGCUUGAAGAUGAUUCUGAGGAAAGUGAUGCUGAGUUUGAUGAAGGUUUUAAAGUGCCAGGUUUUUUGUUCAAAAAGCUUUUCAAGUACCAGCAGACAGGUGUUAGGUGGCUGUGGGAAUUGCACUGCCAGCAGGCAGGAGGAAUUCUGGGAGACGAAAUGGGAUUGGGCAAGACCAUCCAGAUAAUUGCCUUCUUGGCAGGUCUGAGCUACAGCAAGAUCAGAACUCGUGGUUCAAAUUACAGGUUUGAGGGGUUGGGUCCGACAAUCAUUGUCUGCCCUACGACAGUGAUGCAUCAGUGGGUGAAGGAAUUUCACACAUGGUGGCCUCCGUUCAGAGUGGCAGUUCUACACGAAACUGGCUCCUACACCCACAGAAAGGAGAAACUAAUUCGAGAUAUUGCUCAUUGUCAUGGAAUUUUGAUCACUUCCUACUCCUACAUCCGACUGAGGCAAGAUGAUAUUAGUAGGCAUGACUGGCACUACGUGAUCUUGGAUGAGGGACACAAAAUUCGAAAUCCAAAUGCUGCCAUCACCCUUGCUUGCAAACAGUUCCGCACCCCUCAUCGCAUCAUCUUGUCUGGCUCUCCGAUGCAGAAUAACCUCCGUGAGCUGUGGUCGCUCUUUGACUUUGUCUUCCCAGGGAAGUUGGGCACGUUACCUGUGUUUAUGGAGCAGUUCUCGGUCCCCAUCACCAUGGGGGGAUAUUCAAAUGCCUCCCCAGUACAGGUUAAAACUGCUUAUAAGUGUGCGUGUGUCUUACGAGAUACCAUAAAUCCAUACCUUCUGCGGAGAAUGAAGUCAGAUGUCAAGAUGAGUCUUUCUUUACCGGAUAAAAAUGAGCAGGUCUUAUUUUGCCGUCUUACAGAUGAGCAACAUAAAGUCUACCAAAAUUUCAUUGAUUCCAAAGAAGUUUACAGAAUUCUCAAUGGAGAGAUGCAGGUUUUCUCUGGCCUGGUCGCCCUGAGGAAAAUCUGCAACCACCCUGACCUCUUUUCUGGAGGCCCCAAGACUCCCAGAGGCAUUUCCGAUAAUGAACCAGAGGAAGACCAGUUUGGACACUGGAGACGUUCUGGGAAAAUGAUCGUUGUCGAGUCCUUGUUGAAGAUAUGGCACAAGCAGGGCCAGCGAGUACUGCUGUUUUCCCAGUCAAGGCAGAUGUUGGACAUACUUGAAGUCUUUCUUAGAGCCCAGAAGUAUUCCUAUCUCAAAAUGGAUGGCACCACGACCAUAGCUUCAAGACAGCCGCUGAUCACAAGAUACAAUGAGGACAUGUCCAUAUUUGUGUUUCUUCUGACCACUCGAGUGGGUGGCCUCGGCGUCAACCUGACAGGGGCCAACAGAGUCAUCAUCUACGACCCCGACUGGAACCCAAGCACCGACACGCAGGCCCGGGAGCGCGCGUGGAGGAUCGGCCAGAGGAAGCAGGUGACGGUGUACCGGCUCCUCACCGCGGGCACCAUCGAGGAGAAGAUCUACCACCGACAAAUCUUCAAGCAGUUUCUGACAAAUAGAGUGUUAAAGGAUCCGAAGCAACGGCGGUUCUUCAAGUCCAAUGACCUCUAUGAGCUGUUCACUCUGACUAGUCCUGAUGCAUCCCAGGGCACAGAAACAAGUGCUAUUUUUGCAGGAACUGGCUCAGAUGUUCAGACACCCAAACGCCAUUUAAAAAGAAAACUUCAGCUGGCCUUUGGAACAGACCAUAACAUUCCAAUAGGCAAAAAGUUCCCUGGUUCUGAUGCAUCCGCCAGCGAUGGCACAGCAUCAGCAGAGAAAUCCGCAGCUGUAGGAGCUGCAGUAAAUGCAGUGCCUUCUAAUCAAGGUGACCCUUUGCGAGAGGCCCCUCGGACACCUGGCACUGGAGCUCGUGGUGACAGACUUGCCGAGGAGACAGACGCAGUGAUUAGACUGGAGGACUGGCCAGUGCCGAGUGCAGAGGGGCAGUGUUCAUGUUCUCCAGGAAUCAGUGACACGGGCAGGACAUCUGGUGGGGAAAGGAUCGGUGAAAAGCAAGGUCUUUCUGAUAAAAGAGAAAGCUGCCAGGUCCAAACUGAACCUCUUUGUGAGAAUGGACAAAUGGACAAUAACUUCUGUAAGCACAAGUCAAAAACAAAACAUAGUGUGGCAGAAGAAGAGACCCAGGAGACGCUUCUGAGGCCAAAGCAAAAGCCCAAGAGCUCCAAGUGCCAUAGAGACGCCAAGUUUGAAGGAACUCGAAUUCCACACCUUGUGAAGAAAAGAAAGUACCGGAAGCAGGACAGUGAAAACGAGCAGGAGAGCAAGCAGCAGAACAAUGAUGACUAUGUUUUAGAAAAGCUUUUCAAAAAAUCAGUUGGCGUGCACAGUGUCAUGAAGCACGACGCCAUCAUGGAUGGAGCCAGCCCCGAUUAUGUGCUGGUGGAGGCAGAGGCCAACCGAGUGGCCCAGGACGCCCUGAAGGCACUGAGGCUCUCUCGGCAGAGAUGUCUGGGAGUGGCGUCUGGUGUUCCCACCUGGACCGGCCACAGGGGGGUUUCUGGUGCACCAGCGGGAACAAAGAGUAGAUUUGGUCAGAAAAGGAAUUCCAGCUUCUCUGUGCAGCAUCCUUCUUCGACGUCCCCAAAGCAGAAACGCCAGGACAGCAUCGUGAAAAAGGAUGGAAAAGAUCACAUUUCUGAGCAUUUUAGUGGAAACGUGGAAGCUGUAGAGUCCUCAUCCGGGGCCCUCGCUUCGUCCUCACUGUUGGCUAAAAUGAGAGCCAGGAACCACCUGAUUUUGCCGGAGCGGCUGGAAAGUGAAAACGUGCACCCUCCCGAGGCUUGCGCCCCGCCGCCCUCCAGCGCGGAGCACGACGACCUCCUGGUGGAAAUGAGGAACUUCAUCGCCUUUCAGGCCCGCGUGGACGGCCAGGCCAGCACGCAGGAGAUUCUGCAGGAGUUCGAGUCCAAGUUAACAGUUUCCCAGUCUUGUGUCUUUCGAGAACUGUUGAGAAACCUCUGCACUUUUCAUAGAACUUCUGGUGGGGAAGGAAUUUGGAAACUCAAGCCAGAAUACUGCUGAUUAACAUUAAUUUCUAAACUUUUAAUUGACUUUCCAGUGGCAAUUUCCAAGAAUUAUGAUUAGGGCUCAUGUCUGUCAGCAGAGGUUGGCUGCAUUUGAUGUUUACUUUGAAUGAUAGCUACCUCAUAAUUAAAACUUUAAGGAAGAAGAAAUUCUUUGGGACUUAAAAGUUUUAUAAACACAUGGGUUGAUUUUUUUGUUGCUCUGAAUUAUGUUAUAAAACCAGGGGCCCGACAGUCGUAGGACACGUUUGUUCCUUUUCCCAAAAGCCGCUUUCCCGGAGACGCUACUGCUCAUUGAGAAGUCUGUGGACUUCAGUCCCGGAGCCGCUACUGCUCAUUGAGAAGUCUGCGGACCCAGAAUCGCAACAAUUCUUUUUAUUGCACUAAAACAUGUCUUCUAUUCAGUGAGACCUGUUCAAUAAAUUAAUUCAAUAUCUGACAACAGUGUUGUUUUUGGUGCUUAAAUUUUUACAAUGUUUAAAUUUAUCAUUUGCCACCCCAAGAGAGAUCAGAUUUAUCUUUUGAAUCAUCUUAAUUACCUAUAAAUAGUCUUUCUUUUAAGGUGCUGUUGAAUUGGCAGUUAGUUUUGUUAGUAAAGCAUGAGAUAGCCUGGGAUAAAUAAGACGUGUUUUAGAAAGUUGUAGUGUACUCAGUUUUAUAACAAGCAAAGUCCCUAUGAUGACUGUUGGUUUUAGGAAAAUGAAAUGUUAUCCUCAGAAACAAAAACAAAACAAGCAGAACCAAAAGCGCAGAUAACAGCCAACACACCCAUGCUCACAAACAUCGCUCCAGAGCCCAGCCAGAUCUGCCCACAUCCCAGCCCGCUGCGCCCGCGAUGGGAGGCGACCUCACCGAUUCCUUUCAGUGGUCUGUCGCUCUCCUAGUGGUGCUGGUGGCUGUCAGGCAGCACUGCUCUCCUUAGGUGUCCUCUGUCCUGUUUCCAUCGCUUCCUGUGCCUUCCUGAUGACUCUCCUGUUUAAGGGUUGGUUUUCAGCUGCUCUUUCUGGCUGGUAUUUCUGUGUUUGUAGUUCUGCGAUGGUGCUGUUUUGAACCUUAGUUUGUUUUCUUAGUCUGUUUUUCCUUGUUUCCUUCUCAUUAUUAUGUUUAAGAUCUCAGCUCUGAAGUCGUUUGUUUUUUAGAGAG